AUGAACUACGUGGGACAGCUUGCUGAGACCGUCUUUGUCACGGUGAAGGAGCUGUACCGAGGUCUGAACCCUGCCACCUUGACGGGCUGCAUUGAUGUGGUCGUGGUGAGGCAGCCCGAUAACUCGUUCCAGUGCUCCCCAUUUCACGUGCGCUUUGGGAAGCUGGGUGUGCUGCGCUCCAAGGAGAAGGUGGUUGACAUUGAAAUCAAUGGGGAGCCUGUGGACCUGCACAUGAAGCUGGGUGACAAUGGAGAGGCCUUCUUUGUCCAGGAGUCAGAGGAAAAUGAGGGCAGCAUCCCCUUCCGCCUCUGCACGUCCCCCAUCCCCAGGGAGGAGAGCCCGGAGGCUGUGGCUCAGCCCUCUCAUGGGCAGGAGGCCUCCAGCGCUGAAGCCACCCUGCGCAAGAGGAGGUGGCGCAGGAGGAAUCCCAAACAGAAGGACAUGUCGGACUCCGAGUUAGAAGGCUGCAAGGAGACCAAGAGUGAGAUGUCUGCGGAGGAGCCGUGCAAGCUGCCAGCUCCCAGCCCCACCCUGAGCCAUCCGCCUUCUCCCAAAAGUGACUCUGAGCUGGAGAUCAGACCACAGGAGAGCUUUGCUCUGGGGGCUGAAUCCCAUGUGCAGUGGACCUGGGGAAGGCUCCCUCAG